CAACAGAGCGAGAUAGAGUAAGAACAGUGGCGACACACGAACAACGACGAAUCUCUCCAAUUUGUCAUUUAUGGUUCACUGUAUAUUUUUUCAACAUUAAAAAAUGAAGUGAUUUGAAUUGAGACCAUUUACAUUCACCUUCAAUUGAGAUCAUAUUUUCAUUUCUGGACAUUCAAUUUAUCGUAGUGUGUAUAUUGUUGAAAAUUAUCGGAUCAUUUUUGACAAGACAGUGCUCGAUAGAUAAAAAAAAUAUCGACGGCACUGAAACCGGCCGACGACAAACGACCACGAUAGUGAAUAUUGAGGUUUGACAUUUAAACACACAAACACAAAAUAAAUUGUCGUUAAAAAUUACAACUUGCCGAAACUGUCAUCGUUUGCGGAAAUUGGCCACAUGAUUUAAAUGUACUCGAUAACAAAAAAAUUGAUGACUGAAAGUGAAAAACCAUAUUAAAGGUCUUUGUGGAUUUCAUUUCGUGUAUGCAAAAACAAAUCAAAACAGAUAAAUUAGCAACAAAUAUUGAGUGAUAGAGAGAGAGAGACAUACACACAUACCAUCGUUUGAAAAAUGAUGAACGAAGAGUCAACGACACCAUCGCGUAAUCCGAUUUCAGUGUUUUUUCAACGUUUCUCACAGAUUUAUCAAGGAUUGCUAGAUAAAUGGACACCACACACUAAAGUGCGAUGGGUAGCUGCCGGUGUGCUAGUAUGUUUGUUUUUGUUACGUGUAUUCCUCUGCCAAGGAUGGUAUAUUGUAUGUUAUGCAUUGGGCAUAUAUCAUUUAAAUUUGUUCAUAGCAUUUCUAACGCCAAAGAUCGAUCCAGCGCUUGAUCUAGAUGAUGAUCAAGGACCCGAAUUGCCAACGCGAUCAAAUCAAGAGUUUCGACCGUUUAUUCGGCGAUUACCUGAAUUUAAAUUUUGGUAUGCCAUCUCGAAGAGCACCGUCAUCGGUAUUAUCUGUACGUUUUUCGAAGUGUUCAACAUUCCGGUAUUUUGGCCAAUUCUUGUCAUGUACUUUAUCACACUGUUUUGCAUAACAAUGAAACGGCAAAUUAAACAUAUGAUCAAAUAUAAAUAUAUCCCAUUCACGUUAAAUAAACCGCGAUAUCAAAGUGUACCUCAAACCAAUUGACAAUUAAAAGCACAAACGCUGUCACCCGUAAACAACACAUCGUCGCCUACAACAUCAACAAUAACCGUGACUACUGCAGUAGCACUACCACCACCAUCAACGGUUGUUAUUGAUGGAGCAUCUAAUAAUGCAAAUCACAUAACCGAUAUCUAACAAACUAAAAUCUCAAUACCAGGGACUAAUUUGAACAACAAAAAAACAUCAAUCAACAAUCACCACAACCACCACCACAACAACAACAAAAAGAAGAACGACAACAUAGUCCACGAACAACAAUGUCAAAAAGGGAAUAAAAAUCAAUCAGUGAAUGGAGUAAUUCGGAAUGCAGUAAAUUUCUUUGAAAAUGAAAGACGUCUACUCAAUUAUCGAACCAUAACUGUGAAACAGUUUACUUUGAAUUUGAUAGAUAUUUGACUAAUUCAGUUUUUUUUCUCUUAAUUUUCUUUCACUCUUAGUCUCUUUAAUUUUUUUAACUUAUGUUUGCUUUCGUUUCCUAUCAUUUAUUUUUUGUUGUUUAACAAUAGGUGCUAGCUUAUUAGUUAACCCGUUCUCUUAGCUCCUUGAUCAUUAUUUCGAUAUCUGAUUUAUGUUGUGCGACUACCGACAGCCUUCAUUUGUGCUUACCAUGUGAAAAGACCCCAUAUUAAAAAAAAAAUACAAUUAAUUACUAUUAUUAUUGUUAUUAUUAUUA